UACAGUGAACGCUUCCUGUGGGCUCGGAUUGAGAGUUUGCUGCAUGUUGACAUGCUUCUGCUAACUAUUAUGGCUUCAAAUGAAACAACUGCUAUUUGGGAAAUACUCAAACCUAUUGAUUUCGAGGAGCUAAUCCUGGCGUUCUGCUUGUCGAUACUGAUCGGUCUGCUCAUCGGGAUCUUGAUUUUCCUCGUCCUUACAUGGAUGUCGAGACGGAGAGCUUCCGUCAGGAUCACCAGACGUCAAACCCGGUCGUCAGAACCUAAAGGCCCACGAAACCAGCGCUGCCACCUCAGGCACUACAAGAGUCACGGCUUCGACAAAAGCGGCGAAUAUUCGGGAAGAGCGAUUUUGAACCUCCACAGGCAGACCUCCGUAGACCCCAACGAGCUGCUGGGUAGAAGCCCCAGCUUUCAGAACUCCACUUUCCGACCGCCACCGAAAAAGACUAAGAAGACCGGUGAUGAGACGGAGGUUGAUAAUCAAGCAGCGUUGCUUCCUAACAUCGCGGAUCCAUUUAGUGCAGAACCGGCAGAGUCCUUCUGGCUGGGGAAGGGCAGUCUAAGAGGUUUCCUACCCAGACAGACUCCACCACCUGCAUAUGACAGUGUCAUUCACAUCUUUCAAGAGACCUGUACCUGACUGCGCUGCGAUAAGAGACAAAGGACUUGCAGAGGAUUGUACAUAAAUCCAAAAACACGGACAAAAGGGGGAAAAAUGAACUGAUUUUUCCUGUACUUUUAUGGGUAACACUUUACAAUAAGGUGCCAUUAGUUAAUGUGAAUGUGCUAACCAACAAAGAGCGAUAAAAUUAUUAGUAUUCUUUGAAAAAUAAAUAAUGAAAUAUUAAUAAAUACAAGAGAUAUGUUUGAUUUUUAAAUAACUAACAUUUAUGCAUUUAGCAAACGCUUUCAUCCAUAGUUGUAACACACAAUGAAAAGUCUAUUAGACGUGUUUUAGCAUGUCAUUAACAUUGACUAAAUAUAGGUUAUGUUAUCUAAUGUAACAAAUUGAACCUUAUUAUAAAUUGUAACCCUUUCAUAACGCGAUGUAAAAAAGCUGAAUAAUGUUUGUGUUUCUUAGGAUAAACCUGGGGCUGAAGAAAAUAACAGAAGCUUUAUAUUCGAUUGGAUAUUCUUUAGCCAGUAUUGGAUUUGAGUGUUUGUUUGAAGCGGUGCAGCAAAGCGAAGCACAAAUAAAUAAAAAAAAAAAAAAGAUUAUUGCAUAACUAUAGUGUAUAACAUUGACACAUGGCUAAAGAUAACCAUAUACUCAAGGGUUGUUAUAUCUAUAUACCACAGGACAUACUGCAUAAUGCAUAAAAAAAACAACAUGGCAAUUUCAUGGUAAUUCAGAAAUAUUGUGUGCUUAAUUUUGCUUGUUAAGUAAAGUAAACCAUGCACACUAGGAAUGGCAGAACCUUCAGAAGAAGACCUCCUGGGAAUCUGUUCAAUAUGGUAUUGUUCUCUUUGCUUUUCCAGAGAUGAAAGUAAAGUAUCUCUCCUGAGUCUUCCUGCAGUCUGGUGCUGGUGAAACAGAAAACAACAUUUACAAUCAUCAGUGCAAAAUCUGUAACACCCUGCUGAAAAGUAGACACCAUCACAAAAUUUGUAAUGGUUUUACUAAUUAAAAUGAGCCUUGUAUUGGUUUUAAUGGAAACUUCAAUGGACCCUGUGGGUCUCUACUGGUAAUCGGUCGCCUUCUUAUUGGCGGCUUGUCCAAUAAAUGUCCAAAAACACAUUACUACACAUUUUUAAUGGUUAAAAGCUGAUGGUUUGUAAUUUUAGUAGUGAAAACCAUUAGAAUUUCUGUGAAGGUUCUAUUGUUUUUGUUUCAGCGGCGAUAUAAAAAGCAGUGGAGCACAACAGAUACAUUUAAAAAAGAAAAAGUGCCUUUCGUAGUGAUAACAAAAAUGUUUAAGUUCAGACUUACCGUGACCUUUGACAUCCACUCAGCGCUAUAAAAGAGCACAGUAUUGAUACACUUUCAAAAAAAAAAAUUAUUAUUAAGGAUGGGUCUAAAUGCCAGGUAUCAGCAAUUCAUUAAAAUGUAGGCUAAUUAAAUUAUUUUAUAAGCAGAGGGCAGUGCUAGAUUUUCUGAAUUUGCUCACAGCGACUUUAUAAUAAUACUGACUAUAGUACAAGCCAAUAGCCAUCGAGCACGGUCUGUGAAGGAGUAUUUUAUUGGUUGGGCUAUUGAACUCAUACGACUCAUAUUGACUCAUAUUGAACGAAUUUGUAUUUUUGAGCUUGGACUUACUAGUCGUGAAUCAUUAUUAAAACGUAUUAAAAUGUUAUUAUACGCAA